GCCAGGAUAUUCCUGAAUGAACGGCUCGCUCCUCACCCCACACCUCCGCCCGGCUCCCGCCUCCCUCCCGCCACUCGCCGGUGUCUCUUCGAGGCGCAGCCAGUUUCUAUAGCGACGGCGCUGAGCCGCGGCUCUUCCGAGUAGUAACAAAGCCGGCCGCCCGCUGCCGCGCCGGGGCUGCGGGGGGAAGCGCCUGCCGCUCCCGAGGACACCCCGACAGGACAAAGAGAGUACAGAAAGCAUACCAACGAUGAAUCAUCUGUUUUUGUUAUCAGUCAUUCAGACCCUUUGGUGAUGGAUGGGUGAAUAGAUUGAGCCUAGAGCUCUAAGCCAGCUUGGCAGCUGGCAGUUUUUGCCCAUGUGGAGAAGAAAAGGCAUUUCUUGUGUUCCCUGCAACUGAACCUUUCCAAGAAGUUCUUUUUCAUGGAAAAAGUCUGAAAACCAUCUGAAGAAAUGACCACUCAGCUACCAGAGGAGUCCGUGGAGAACCAGAGCUCAGAUGAGCUUGAGUGCAAGAUCUGUUACAACCGCUACAACCUGAGGCAGAGAAAACCCAAAGUGCUGGAGUGCUGUCACAGAGUGUGUGCCAAAUGCCUUUGCAAGAUCAUAGACUUCGGUGAUUCCCCACAAGGAGUCAUAGUGUGCCCGUUCUGCAGGUUUGAAACAUGCCUGCCAGACGAUGAGGUUAGUAGUCUUCCUGAUGACAACAACAUCCUUCUGAAUUUAGCUUGUGGGGGAAAGGGAAAGAAGUGCCUACCAGACAACCCAACAGAACUGUUGUUGACUCCCAAAAGGCUGGCAUCUCUGGUUAGCCCUUCUCACACCUCUUCUAAUUGCCUGGUUAUAACAAUCAUGGAAGUACAAAGAGAAAGUCCCCAGACUCUGAACUCAACCCCCGUGGUGGAAUUUUACAGGCCUACAAGUUUUGACUCUGUUGCAACUGUGUCUCACAACUGGACAGUGUGGAACUGCACAUCUUUGCUCUUCCAGACCUCGAUUCGGGUGCUAGUGUGGUUGCUAGGGCUGCUGUACUUUAGCUCCUUGCCUUUAGGGAUUUAUUUAUUGGUAUCCAAGAAAGUCACCCUUGGGGUUGUCUUUGUAAGCCUUGUUCCUUCGAGCCUUGUUAUUCUCAUGAUUUAUGGCUUUUGCCAGUGUGUUUGCCAUGAAGUUCUAGACUGCAUGUCAUCUUGAUAACAAAUACAGUAAAAAAAGGUGUAUUACCAGACGUGUAGCAUAGUUGAUUUAUCCUGUUUUUGUAUUCUUUGUAUUCUUAUUUAUUAUUAUUGUCCAUCCCACUAAAUGGAAGCAGUGGCCCUAGUUACAUGGUCCCUUUUUUUCCAACUGA